GGCAUCAAAGAGCCUCUCGGACGGGGGCAAGUUUCGGGGCAGGUUCAGUAACAUACCGCUAUAAAACUGUUCAAAAUCGUCACUGGUAGCGGCGUGGUACAGUACAGUAUUGUUACAUCUAGUGUAAUGGUUUAGGAAAAUAGCUUUUCUCGUCUAAGGUGUAAAAGCAAGAAUGAAGCUACCAAUUUCGUUAGUGCUAUUGGCACUUAUGGUACACAAUGCCUACCAGCAAGUGCUGAACUGUUAUGUUCCCGCCGAUAUAAUGAUCCUGAUAGAUGGAUCGGACAGUAUACAGGACCAGAACUGGAGAGAGAUAAAGAACUUCGUGAGUCAGCUGGUGGCAAACUUCGACAUCGGCAGGGACGCAAUUCACGUUGGCUUUGUCGUCUACAGUUCCGACGUUGGCGACCAUAUUGGUCUCCAACCUUAUAAACCGAAAAAUGUUUUAAGGACUCUGUCUGGGAUUUUACGACAACCUAAAGCGAGUACAAACACUGCCAAGGGUAUAGAGUACGCGAGAAAUGAGUUUAAAACGCGCGGGAGACCAGGAGUCCCUAAAAUACUCAUCGUCAUCACCGACGGAAGUUCAGAUAACCCUAGAGAAACCCGGACACAAGCUAAUAUAGCAAAGAUAGAGGGUACUCGGGUGAUAGCUGUUGGCAUUGGCCAAACAUUUAGGGACGAAUUGCGGCAGAUCGCGUCUCGACCAGAAAAGGUUUACACUGCAGCCUCAUUUGCUACUCUACAGACGUUAGUGUUUGAGAUUCAACGAAUGGUUUGUCAAGUGAUCACGACAACGACAACCACAACUACAGCAAUCCCUGUACCAACGAAACCUCCUGUUGUCAUACCUGUACCAACAGAUAAGAUUUGUGACGUGCCCGGAGAUAUUGUUUUUGUGAUGGAUGGAUCGGAUAGUAUCGAUGACGCUGAUUUCGUACGUCAGAAACUGUUCGUAGCAAAUCUGAUUGACAACUUUGAAAUCAGUACAGAAGCUAUACAUGUGGGUUUAGUAGUGUACAGUACAAUAAUAGGAGAUACAGUUGGACUUCAACCCCCCAAAAAUAAAGAACUUCUUAAAAUUCUCGCCAGGAACUUACGACAUCCGAAAGUGGGAACGAACACUGCACUUGGUAUCGAACGCGCACGUAAUAUGAUCAGAAAAGAAGGUCGUGCAAUGGCACCAAAACUGAUUGUCGUCAUUACCGAUGGUAGAUCUAGUUCACCUAAACUGACUGUCGCCCAGGCCAAUAUGGCGAAGGUCGAGGGGAUCACCAUGGUAGCUGUGGGUGUUGGUACUCAAAUCUUUAGUGACGAACUCAGUCAAAUCGCAAGUAGUAGUAGAAAAGUGUUUGAGGUAUCCGACUUCAGAUCGCUGGAGCUCAUCAUCACCUCAAUGAGAAAUCUACUUUGUCAAGCUAUUACCACGACUACCUCCACCACAACGACAACACAGAAACCGACAUACAUUCCUCCGCCUGAUGACCUGUUCUGUAAGGUUCCUGCCGAUAUCGGUAUUCUCCUGGACGGUUCGGACAGCAUUGCUGAUGCCGACUGGGUUAAGCAGAAACAUUUCGUUGCCAGCCUCAUCAACAACCUCGACGUUGGCAGGGAGACGAUUCAUGUUGGAGUUGUGGUAUUCAGCACCAUUAUCGGAGAGACAGUAGGACUGACUCCAUUCAAACCCAAAGAACUGCUGAUGAUUCUAUCAAACAAUCUUAAACAGCCAAAGGUCGGUACCAACACUGCAUUGGGAAUACAGCGCAUGCGCCAGAUGCUAGCAACUCAGGGUCGUGCGAACGCUCCAAAAGUGAUGAUCAUUAUUACUGAUGGAAAAUCCUCGUCUCCGAAGAAAACGAUAAGUCAGGCAGGUUUGGCGAAAAGGGAAGGAAUUACCGUGAUCGCUGUCGGUGUUGGAUCCCAGCUAUUCCGAGAAGAACUUAGCCAGAUUGCGACUAACGAUAGGAAACUUUUCACCGUGUCUGAUUUCCAGGGCUUACAGCAGAUUAUAGUGACACUGAGAAACUUGAUUUGUCAAGUGAUUACUACGACAUCCACCACCCAACUUGUGACCACGCCCCAACCGCCGCCAGUUACCAUCCCACCAUAUAAUGGAUGCGAGGUACCGGCGGAAAUUGUUUUCAUGAUCCAUGGUUCGGAUGACAUCAAGGAAGACAACUGGGGUUUGAAUAAGAAAUUUGUCAGCGGAUUGGUGCGUAAUUUGUACGUGACAAGAGGGGCUCAUCAUAUUGGAGUUGUAGUAUAUAGCAAGGGUGUUGGGGAUCACAUGUCACUUCAACCCUACAAAGAAGUGUUUGAUGUCCAGAACCAUAUCAACAGUUUUACUCACCCGAGAGGGGGCGCUAAUACCGCCGCCGCUUUAGCUAAACUACGGGAAUCAUUUAAUACGCAUGCCAGAAGUGGAGCCCCCAAGAUAGGCGUUCUUAUCACUGAUCAAACGUCUACCACCCCGGCUGAUACGAAACUCCAGGCACAACUGGCCAAAAAAGAGGGUGUAGACUUUCUCACCUUGGGGAUCGGAUCAAACGUCAACGUAGGGGAAUUGGCCAACAUCGCUACAGACUCCAGCAAGCUGUUCAGAGCAAUGAGUUUCAAUCGGCUGGAUAGCAUGAUGCCUAGAAUAAGAGAUAUGAUCUGCAAAAUUGUGACUACGCCAAAGACAACGCCACCACCUCCUCCAGUAUCUACCCCAGCUCCAGAUUUUUCAAAGUUAUGUGCUGGGUGCCUCAUGAAUAGUAACUCCGGGUUCAACCCCUACCCUGGUGACUGUACCAAGUAUGUCCAGUGCUGGAGGGAUGGGGGAAAUAUCAGAGGAGUGAUUAAGGACUGUCCAUACGGUCAGUUCUGGGACGAGGACGCUAUCACGUGCCGACCUUCCAUGAAUGUUAUGUGCCCACAAGAUCCCUGUAUCAACGCACCUGACGGCUUCACGUACGGUAUGCCAGACCACGGAUGCCGCUCCCAUUGGGUUUGUGUAAAGGGAUACAGUGUUGCCUCUUGCUGCCCCGAGGGGACCUACUACGUAGAAGGAAUGGGCUGCAUGCGAGGCAUGCCAUGUAAAACACCCUGCCCACCUGAUGGUGGUCUUAUUAUCUCACCGAACUGUGAAAAGGAGGUCCAUUGGGAUGGUCGAUUUUACAUGGAAAAUGUUCCCGGGAAAGGGAAAAUGGUUCGCAGGUGUGCUCCAGGAACCAUAUUUGACAAAGGAUAUUGUACAUGUGUGAUCGCUUCCUCAAACUACGUGCCAGUUACACCUAACGAUAAAUGUAUGGAAUCCGUGCAUUUGAAUUUUGACGUGAACAUGAAGGAUAAGUCCGGCAAGAGGACCCAAAUCAACAACGUUGGUGUACGGAAGACAAAAUACGGCACUGCCCACUUCAACGGGGCAUCAUAUUUCAAUAUCUGGAACCUUGGAAGUAUCGAUUAUUCUGACAAAUUUGCACUCAAGUUCAAGUUCAAAUUUGACAGGUGGGAGAACAGGUUUGAUAUGGGUGGAUAUCCAGUUGAUGCCGGAUGGAAGGGAGACUUUUUAUGGAAAUGGGACAGUCAGACGGGAUGGAACAGAAACUAUACUGUUGGUGGAAGUUGGAAUGUUGUGACCCUAAUGAAUAUGUUUAAAAGGAUGUUUGCUGCUACUUCAGAAAACGAAAUGGAAACCAUUAUGGUAGAGAUUGCAGAAUCGCCUGAUUUCCAGAUUCUAUUGUAUCAUCUUGGCUUUAUGCCGCAGUCAACAAAUGCUAUCCAGAUCUUAAGACAGUUAAUGUCUGGGAAUGGUGCCGUCUUCAUUCGGCAAAUACUCAGGCAAAUAGGCAAUAUGAAAGGGGGAAUGGAAAUCCGCCGUUUACUCUUGCAGUUACUGAUGACGAGAGAGGUAAAUGACUGGGUAAGGGACCACAGCGGCACCCAUGUCGACAUUACGAUGAAGAUCUGGAGGAAGUUUUUAAUGUCUCUUAAUCUUACUGACUCUAGUUGGGAUAUUGGUGGAGGAUGGAACAAUGGCAUGGAUGACAGGACUUUCGAUAUAAUAGCCGACUUGUGGUAUCAGUUUGUCAGAGAUCAGGGAAUGACGGGUCCGGAAUGGGAAGGUAAACUGAAAUGGGCAUUGGGUAAUGACCGGCAGAAAGGAUCCUUGGAUAAACGAUGGAUAUUUGAUAUCCUGUUUGCGACGAAGAAUAACACUAUCAAGAAUAUAUGGUUGGAUUACUUGAAUAAAAGAAAUUAUAGCAUCGACUGGAUUAGCACUGAAUGGCAGAUUGACGAUGGAAAGUGGUGGAACUGGUGGUGGAAUCGGAGGGAGCGGUGGAAUGGGUCCGAGUCAAUGGAAAGCUUGGCUCAACUGGCUGACGACCACUUAUGGACCAGGAAUGGGAAUAGGACAGGGAGGCCAAGGGUGGAACAAUGGCAUGGAUGGGAUUAUGGAAUGACGGGUCCAGAAUGGCAGGGUAAACUGAAAUGGGCAUUGAGUAACAACCGACGGAAAGGAUCUUUGGAUAAACGCUGGAUAUUAGAUAUAAUGUUUGCAAUGAGGAAUACCACGAUCAAAGAUGUAUGGCUUGAUUACAUAACUAAGAGGAAUUUUCAGAUCAACUGGAUUGGUACAGGAUGGCAGAUUGGCGUAGGAAUGGGCGGAACCGGUGGUGGAAUCGGAGGUGGCGGUGGAAUGGCUCAGAGUCAAUGGAACGCUUGGCUCAACUGGCUUAUGACCACAUAUGGAGGCCAAGGUGGAUCAGGGAUGGGUACAGGACAGGGAGGUCAAGGAUGGGGUCAAGGAUGGGGACAAGGAUGGGGACAAGGAGGAGGUCAGGGAGGACAAGGAAGCUUUACCUUUGAUAAUUUCUUCCACUGGCUGUUAGGAAGCGGCUCAUUUGGAAAUGACUUUUCAUUUUCAGGAGGAUCUGGAACAAAUACUGGAGGUCAAGGUCAAGGCAACGGCCAGGAUCAAGGAUGGUUCUGGGGCGGUCAAAGCAACGGUCAGGGUCAAGGAUGGUUCUGGGGCGGACAAGGUAAUGGCGGAUCUGGGGGAAAUGAUGAUUGGAUGUUGCGUAUUAAUGGUAGUUCUCAAACCGGUGGAAGUGGUGGCAACUUUGGAACUAAUGACUAUUGGAACAGCGGAACCGGCAAAGACGCUUGGUUCUUUGGCGGAAGCGCAGGCGGAAAUGGAAUUGGUGGCUCACAAGGUGGUACUAAUGGCGGCAUUUGGGGUGGCGCCGGCAGUAGCGCAGGUUCGUGGGGUGGAAAUGUAGGACAAGACGGUUCAAUUUUCGGCGGGCAAGGCCAUGGACAGUUUGGCUCUCAAGGUGGCUUUAAUGGUGAGUCAAACUGGCGCGCAGGCGGGGUUUUUGGUGGUGCAGCCGGACACGGAGGCUUUGGUGAACAGUGGCAGGACACUUCACAGACUGGUUAUGAUGUAUGGGGUAAUCAACAAGGUCAAGGUGGAUUCGGUGGCACACACGGAAACGGAAAUGGUGGAACAGAUGCAGGUGGACAGGGACAAGUGAGCGUUGGGACUGGUGGACAAUGGGGCAUUUUAUCUGGAGGACAAGGCGGAAUGGGAAUCGACGGACACGGGGGUUUCCAAGGAGGUACGGGCGGUGUCGCGAAUGGUGGUGGUGAAUUAGGGACAAGUGGUAUAUAUGGCGGCGCUGGGUCUAAAGGACAGACCAAGGGUCAGUGGGACAUGAAUAGCGUUUCUAACGGACAAUGGGGAACGUUAGGUGGAGAAGUUGAGGGAGGUGGGUUUUGGUCUAAUUCGGCAGGUCGCAAUGGUAAUGGCGGAACUGGAGGUAUGGCAAAAGGGAGUGCUUGGCCAAAUGGCUUCGAACAAGGCGGUUCUGGAAGUUUAGUUGGAGGGGCUGGCGCACAAAGCGGCUUUGGACAAGGAAUGGAUGGAGGUUUAGCAGUAGGGGCUGCUUGGCAAAAUGGCUUUGGACAAGGCAUGGCUGGAGGUGUUGCUGGUCAAGACGACUUUGGAAAAGGCGGUAGUGGAGGCUUAGCCAGACAGGCAGGUGCACAAAAUGGCUUUGGACAAAGCAUGACUGGGGGUGCUGCUUGGCAAAAGGGCUUUGGACAAGACCUGGUUGGAGGCUUAGCUGGAGCGGCUGGCGCACGAAACAGCUUUGGUCAAGGCGUGGAUGGGGGUUUAGCAGGAGGGACUGCUUGGCAACAUGGCGUUGGACAAGGCAUGACUGGUGGUGCUUCUUUGCAAAAGGGCUUUGGACAAGACCUGGUUGGAGGCUUAGCUGGAGGGGCUGGCGCACAAAACAGUUUUGGUCAAGGCGUGGAUGGAGGUUUAGCAGGAGGGAAUGCUUGGCAACAAGGCUUUGGACAAGGAAUGUCUGGAGGAGUUGCUACUCAAAAUAACUUUGGGCAAGGCAUGGAUGGAGGCUUAGCUGGAGGUACUGGCGCAAAAAACAGCUUCGGACAAGUCAUAGCUGGAGGGGCUGCCACACAAAAUGGCUUUGGACAAGACGAUGCUAGAGGUUUGACCUUUGGAGAAGGUGCUGGACAGAUAAAAUAUGGACAAAGCGGUUUUGGUGGAAUCGACGCAAGGUUUGGGGGACAAAUGGGACAUGUGGUCAAUGAUAUGGGAGGGUCGGGUAAAACCUGGCGGCUAAAAUUGGAUGCAAACCAGGUUAAUAGGGAUGACAGUUGGAGUGUGCAGGGAAAUACCGUAAAAGGCAUCAAUGGAAAACAAGGUACGAACAGUAUGUCUGCAUCCAGUGCCAACAGCGAUCAGGGUAGCGCGUUAAGCAGCAGCGGUAGGGGCGGAAGCAUGUCAGUUGCCUUUGGGGUCAAUGGUGAUAACGGAAAAAGUGGUAGCGUUGUUUCGGGGAGUAUUGGGGGUUAUGGUGGGAGUGGAAAUGGGACGGAUUUAUACGGUCUUAUUCAUGGAGGUAAGAAACAAGGAAACCAAAAUGCGGGACGAGGAGGUUCUGGCAUGAGUUCUGGAACCGGAAGUAACGACGAUGGGAAUAUGAACGGUAGGGUUCCGACUCUGUAUGACUCUGAAGGUGGUUCAGUGGGUGGCACAAUAGACAUCGGGCAGAGGAUGAAUGGUCAGUCGACAACUCGUCGAGUUGGACAAAAUGUUCAUUUUAAUGUUAAUGAACAACUUGUCAACUCGGAAAAUAGUAUCAGAAUGAAUGGACAAAGGGGUCAUAAGAUUAAUGGAGCUAGUAUAGAUUGGCAAAGUAAAAUUUUGGCGAAUGAUGAUAUAGGAAGACAAGGGGUUGGUUGGUCGAAAAGUCACAUGAGUGGACAAUGGAAUACUAGGGCGAAUGGUGGUGACAUAAAUGGGCAAACUGUUAGGAUUGUCCAAGGGGGUAUAAAUAGCAUUGGUGCAAAUAGGCAAAGUGUUGGCAGUGAUCUAGGUCAAGGACAAGUUGGUAGCUCAAGUCAAGGGCAGGGCAGCAUUCGUAGCCAGGAGCCAGGAGAUGUUGGAGCCUUUCUAAAUGUUAACGGGAUGUCAAAUACAGAUAUAUCUGCGCUUUAUGAUCAAUAUAAGAAAACUUUCGGAGGGACUGGUAUCGUACAAAACAAAGUAGUUCCUCGAUUACAGGAUCUUCCUAGAGGGGAAACUUUGGGUCAAUUCUUGAAACAGACCAAGCUGGGCUCAGGUGUGAUCGGUCGUAAAGGACUGUGGGGUUUUGACCAGGGUGGCACUGGAUUUGGUGGUGGUGCCUCGGGUGGUUCCUUUGGAUUCGGUGGUUCCGGCGGAAACAGUGGCGAAGUGGAUGUAGGAGACAUCAACACAAUCUUGAACAACUUGGGAGGUGCAGUCGGAUCCCAAAGUGGUUCCUCCUCCUCCUCCUCUUCUCAAGAGAGUGGGGAGAUGCAAAUUGGAGGCGGAGGAAGUUCAAUGAGUGGCGGAAGUUCAUCGACCGGAAGUGCAAGCACAGCAAAUAAGCAGUCCUCGUCACAAAGUUCCUCACAGGAAGGUAUGCGAACCGGCGGAAACUGGCAAUAUGGUCAGAAUCGUCUCCAUAUGCCAUUCGAAUUCGAUGGGUUAGACUUCCCAGAUCUUUUCAGGAGAAAACGGGCAGCCCCUAGUGGCGACAUCUUCCAGUACCAGACCCUAUUGAGUAACUGCCAAUCGUCUGGUCAAGGAGCUUCUGUCAAAAUCGAGGCAAACGAAAGAAGUAUCAAGCUUGGCAUGCUGACUGAGGGUAAACAGAAGAUGAAAGUGAUGAAAUUCAAUAUUGUGCCCGGAUGGAACGAAGUUACCAUGACUUACGACGGAAAGAAACUUAAGAGUAAAAUCCAGAACUGGCGUGGUGCCCAGGAAAGGAGCGUUCCUCUUAAAGGAAAUAUUCAAAAACGUCAAGGAUUCAAGAUUGGCGGAGCAUGCGGUGCUAGUGCAAAUUUCAAGGGACAGAUGGAUGAUAUUCUGCUAUAUAACUGUCUCCCAUCGAAAUUCCAACAAGGGCCACGUGGAACCGGUAACAACAAGUGACCCGGAUGUAGUAAUGCUCGUUUAACUUGUGAUAUGAAUGCUAAGACAACGGGGUGAUUGUGUGAUGUCGUGAAAAAUACGACUACUGAUAAAAAAGCUACUGUGAAAUGAACACGGAAUUACAUCUCGUUUGGAGAUAUAAAUUAAUCACUAUGUUUUAUGACAUAUUUAAUUUUAAGUUAGUAUGUUCAUUUACAAAUCAGCUAUCGCAGAUCAUCGAUGUCACUAUAUUAUUGACAUAUAACCAAAUAAUAUAAACACACGUUAAGAAUUAGGAGUACAGAGCUUUGCAUUGGAUAUGAUGAACUGUAUAUAAUCAAUGCCAUCAACUAUGACACAAAUACAAACGGAAUUCCAUAGAAAUAUAUGUUUAAUAUACAAUUUUGAAAUAUUGUACGUCUUAUCUACAUCGCUAGUUUGAAAUUUGUACUAAUAUUAAAUGUCAAACAGUAACGGUUUACAAUGAAACAGUGAUUGACAAUUUCAAUCAGUAACAAUUUACCAUAAACCAGAACUAGACAAUGUCAAACAGUAACGGUUUACCACGAAUCAGAGCUUGACAAGUCAAACAGUAACGGUUUACCACGAACCAGAGCUUUACAAUGCCCGUUAUUACUGAUAGGUUAAUGUGCUUAAUUUCUUGCUAGAAAUGUCACUUUCUGAAGAUAAUAACUGUAAAAUAAUUCAUGGAUUUUCUCGUAUAUUUAAUUUUAUUAUUGUUCUUCUAAAGACAUAUUCAUUGAUCAUGAAAUUUCUUGUAUGGCAUGCUCUGCAUGUUACAGGUGUCGUUGUAAAUAUUCUUCUGUUGCUCUCUCUUUUUAAGCGUAAACAUUUAAAUCGUGAAAUAAAUACUUAAUAUGUUAUUGUUGAUAUAGUCAAGGAGAAAAAAAAACAUUUUCAGCUGAUUUUCACGUGGAAUAUCUAUAGCGGACGAUUGCAUUCAAAUUCAGAUGACCGUCUAGGUUGACCAGCACAGUACGUAUAUUCGAAUCGUCUGAGUAAAAUAGGAUGUUAUUAAAAUAUAUGAAUAUGGAAAUUGUAUUAAUAAUGUUAAAUUUGUUAUAAAAAUGUCAUUUUUGUAUUGUUAGGAAGUUACAAUAAAUUCAGACAUUGUUGCAUUUUCAAA